CUUCAAAUAGGUUUCUUUUCUUCACUUAUUUAUUUGUUUGGUGUAGUUUCCUAAAAUAAUUUAUGAGAAAACAAGAUAAAAACAAACUAUUACAAACACAAGAAUGAUUCGAAUUCGACUUCUUUGCCUCAUUGUUCUUCUCUCCACUCUCGAUUUUGCUUUCUCUAAAGCCCCAAGAAUCCAUGCUGCUGGAAGACAAAGCUAUUCUUCCGGACCUUCUAGAGAAGACAGAGAGCUUCCCCACUCUUAUGCCACACGUGUAAUGAGCUCGGGAGACUUCAAGCCGGAGAAGAGAAAGAUUCCGACGGGGUCAAACCAUUUACACAACAAGCGUUAG